AUUCGCACGCUUGGUUCCUCCAACAGCGAGCUGUGGCCGAACGGAGGUGAACAUGGCCGAUGUGUCGGAGAGGACGUUACAGGUCGCUUUAGUUGUUUCGUUUGCGGCUGGUUUUAUCGCUGGCUGGCAGGCAAACAGAAUGCGAAGAAGGUUCUUGGACUGGCGGAAAAAGAGGUUACAGGACAAGCUCGCAGAAACACAGAAGAAGCUAGACCUGUCAUGACACAUACAAAACAUAAUGCAGCCGACCUGUGCCUCGGUCAUCAAAGCCUGAUGUAGUAUUCCUGAUUUUCAAACAGAAUGAGGAGUCUAUAACAGCACCUCUCCAGCGCUCAACAGGACCAGGCUUUCAACCUUGGAUCAAAGACACAAUCUACAGGCUGGAGCAAAGCAAUACAACUUUCUCAAAGACUUUAAAAGCUCAGCAAAAUGUUUUUUUCUUCUUCAAUGUUUGUUCAAGCCAUAAAUCAUGUUACCAUGUCUGUGCUUUUACUUUGUCUCCGUCAUUGAAAUAAAUGAAAUAUUUUAUUAA